AUGAGCCUCGCCAGUGAUAGCCUUCUCACCGCUUUUGAGAAGAAAAAGAACAUCCGGUUUUCUCCUCUAGCCAACUUGAAAGGCAACAAAACAUCCUCAUCAACAACUUCGGCUGGCGAGAAACGGGCUCCUGGCGAGGGAUCCUCUCGGCCACCCCCUAAAAAGCCGUGCCUCUUGUCUGCUGCUGCUUCCUCCGGCGAGAAAAGCAUCCCCAUUACUUCAGCAGCUUCCCAUGGGUCUAGGGAGGCUCUUGGGGUGGAACAACCCAGCGCCUGGGGUGACCUUAUCAGUAGGUCGCCCCCCAAUGGGGCAGGUGUCCUGCCGAUUUCUGGUCAAAGCUCGAUGCCAAACACCAAUCUACCGCCGCCUCCUCCCUCGGGUCACAAUCCGCCCCCGCCUCCAGGUUCCGUAAAUCAAGGAUUGCCCUACUAA